GUAAAUGCGUGCCCGUAGGCGCGACCUCGGGCGGUUGGUGGGGCUACCGGGUCUUACCAGUCCGCUGCGUGAGUCCCGGAGCGGGGGUUGCCGAGGAAACGCCUCUCCGGCGUCCUUCCCCUCCCCGGGGUCCUUUGAACCUAGUUUGGCUGGGACUCGCCUUCUGGAGGCGCGGAGGAUUUCAAGGCCCUGACGCGCGGCCCUGAAUUUCCGGAAGUGGGGGCCGCACCGCGCAGUCAAGAUGUGCUCGACGCCCGGAAUGCCGGCGCCAGGGGCCUCGCUGGCCCUGCGAGUGUCCUUCGUGGACGUGCAUCCCGAUGUGAUCCCGGUGCAGCUGUGGGGGCUGGUGGGCGAGCGGCGGGGCGAGUACCUGCGGCUGAGCCGGGAAAUCCAGGAAGCGGCGGCCACGCGCGGCCAGUGGGCGCUGGGCAGCGCCUCGGCCUCGCCCGGCGAGCUGUGCCUGGUGCAGGUGGGGCUUCUGUGGCACCGCUGCCGCGUGGUCAGCCGGCAGGCACAGGAGAGCCGUGUCUUCCUGCUGGACGAGGGUCGCACCAUCACUGCCGGCGCAGGAUCGCUGGCGCCCGGGCGCAGAGAGUUCUUCAACUUGCCCUCGGAAGUGGUGGGCUGCGUGCUGGCAGGCCUGGUGCCGGCAGGCUGCGGCGCGGGCGCGGGCGAGCCGCAGCACUGGCCCGCCGACGCCGUGGACUUCCUUAGCAACCUUCAGGGCAAGGAGGUGCACGGGUGCGUCCUGGACGUGCUGCUGCUCCAUCGCCUGGUACUCCUGGAGGUGCCCGAUGUGUUCCAACAGAUGCGGGAGCUGGGCCUGGCCCGGCGGGUGCCCGACAGCCUCUUCCGUUCGUUGCUGGAGCGCUAUCUCACAGCGGCCACUGCUAGCGUGGGCUCUGGGGUCCCGGUUCUCUCGCGAGUCCCGCUCAAGCAAAAGCAGCCUGGUCUGGAUUACUUCUAUCCCCAGCUGCAGCUGGGCGUGACGGAGCCCGUGGUCGUAACCCAAGUGUGCCAUCCCCACCGCAUUCACUGCCAGCUCCACAGCCUCUCGCAGGAGAUCCACCGCCUCUCUGAGAGUAUGGCCCAGGUAUACCGGGGUUCCACAGGGACAGGGGAUGAGAACUGUACCAGCGCCACCUGGGAGGAGAGGGAGGAGAGCCCAGACAAGCCAGGCUCUCCGUGUGCAUCCUGUGGCCUGAAUGGACAUUGGUACAGAGCACUCUUGCUUGAGACUUUUCGGCCUCAGCGCUGUGCCCAGGUGCUUCACGUGGACUAUGGAAGGAAGGAGUUAGUCAGUUGCAGUAGCCUUCGGUACCUAUUGCCUGAAUAUUUUCGAAUGCCAGUGGUGACCUACCCUUGUGCUUUGUAUGGACUCUGGGAUGGUGGGAGAGGCUGGUCUCGGUCACAGGUUGGUGACCUGAAGGCGCUGAUACUGGGCAAGGCAGUGAAUGCAAAGAUUGAAUUUUAUUGCUCCUUUGAGCAUGUAUAUUAUGUCACCCUGUAUGGAGAAGAUGGGAUUAAUCUGAACCGUGUGUUUGGAGUACAGUCGUAUUGCUUGGCUGACCGAGUCCUUCAGAGCCAGGGAACAGAGGAAGAGGAACCAGAAACAUCUCCUCAGUCUCAGUCUCCUGCUGAAGAAGUAGAUGAAGAGAUUUCACUCCCAGCCUUAAGAUCUAUCAGGUUAAAGAUGAAUGCCUUCUACGAUGCACAGGUAGAGUUUGUUAAAAAUCCUUCUGAGUUUUGGAUUAGGUUGAGGAAACACAAUGUCACCUUCAGUAAGCUGAUGAGGAGAAUGUGCGGUUUCUAUUCCUCUGCCAGUAAGCUGGAUGGUGUAGUUUUGAAACCUGAACCUGAUGACCUUUGCUGUGUCAAGUGGAAAGAAAAUGGUUAUUAUAGGGCCAUAGUCACCAAGUUGGAUGACAAGAGUGUGGAUGUAUUCUUAGUUGACCGAGGCAAUUCGGAAAAUGUGGACUGGUAUGACGUAAGGAUGCUGCUUCCUCAGUUUAGGCAGCUGCCAAUAUUGGCUCUGAAGUGCACCCUAGCUGAUAUUUGGCCUUUGGGAAAAACUUGGAGCCAGGAGGCAGUUUCCUUUUUUGAAAAGACUGUGCUCCACAAAGAAUUAGUCGUCCAUAUUCUUGAUAAACAGGAUCAUCAAUAUGUUAUUGAGAUUCUUGAUGAAUCAAGAACAGGGGAAGAAAACAUUAGUAAGGUAAUUGCCCAAGCUGGAUAUGCCAAGUAUCAGGAAUUUGAAACAAAGGAAAAUAUCCCGGUAAAUGCCCACUCCCCAGGGCAUGUUUCAAAUCAUUUUACUACGGAGAAUAACAAAAUACCUUUUGCCAAAACUGGAGAAGGAGAGCAGAAAGCCAAGAGAGAGAAUAAAACCACAUCUGUUUCAAAAGCUUUGAGUGACACAACAGUUGUGACAAAUGGUUCAGCUGAACCAGUUGUGCAGGAAAAAGUGAAAAGAGCAUCUGUUUAUUUUCCUCUUAUACAGAAUUUCUUGGAAAUUAAGCCAGGCUCCUCUUGUAAAGGAGAGCUGGAAGUUGGAAGUACAGUAGAAGUUAGAGUGUCUUAUGUUGAAAACCCUGGCUAUUUCUGGUGUCAGCUGACCAGGAAUAUACAAGGACUUAAAACUCUAAUGUCUGAUAUUCAGUACUAUUGCAAAAAUAUAGCUGCUCCUCACCAGGGAAACACCCCUGCUUGUUUGGCUAAGCGAACGGUAAACAGACAAUGGUCCAGAGCGCUCAUUAGUGGGAUACAAUCUGUGGAGCAUGUCAAUGUAAUAUUUGUAGAUUAUGGAGACAGAGAAAUGGUAUCUGUGAAGAAUAUUUAUUCAAUUAGUGAAGAAUUUCUCAAGGUUAAGGCUCAGGCUUUUAGGUGCAGCCUUUAUAAUUUAAUUCAACCAAAUGGUCAAAAUCCCUUUGUUUGGGAUGUAAAGGCGAUACAAGCUUUCAAUGAAUUUGUAGAUAAUGCGUGGCAAAAAAAUCUAGAAUUAAAAUGUACAGUAUUUGCUCUGGCUUCAAUUAAUAAUGAAGAACUGUUUAACAUUGUGGAUUUGCUAACACCCUUUCAAAGCGCAUGCCAUUUCUUGGUAGAAAAGAGACUUGCGAGACCAGUAAAACUUCAGAAGCCUUUGGAGUCCUCUGUUCAGCUACAUUCCUACUUCUAUUCUACGCAUGAUAUGAAAAUUGGAAGUGAAGAAUUAGUGUAUAUAACGCAUAUUGAUGACCCUUGGACAUUUUAUUGCCAGCUGGCAAGAAAUGCAAGUAUUUUAGAACAGUUGUCAUGUAGUAUUACACAAUUAAGUAAAGUUUUGCUGAAUUUAAAAACAUCUCCCUUGAACCCUGGAACCUUGUGCCUUGCCAAAUACACUGAUGGAAACUGGUAUAGGGGCAUAGUAAUAGAAAAAGAGCCAAAGAAAGUCUUCUUUGUUGAUUUUGGGAAUAUUUAUAUAGUAACAAGUGAUGAUCUGCUUCCAAUACCUAGUGAUGCAUAUGAUGUCUUACUUUUGCCCAUGCAAGCUGUCAAAUGUUCAUUAUCUGAUAUUCCUGAUCAUAUACCAGAAGAAGUGGUGUUGUGGUUUCAGGAGACUAUUUUAGAUAAGUCACUGAAGGCUUUAGUUGUAGCAAAAGAUCCAGAUGGAACACUGAUUAUAGAACUAUAUGGUGAUAAUAUUCAAGUUAGUGCUAGUAUUAAUAAGAAGCUGGGGCUACUUAGUUACAAAGAUAGAAUAAGAAAAAAAGAAAGUGAAGUGCUCCCUUCUACAACUGAAAAUCUUGCAGAAAAAAAUGAGAAUAUGAAGUUGCCAUGUACAGAGUAUUUAAGUAAAUCAGUAGGGAACAAGUUACAUAAUAAAGAAAUUUCGGAACAGUCAUAUAAACCUAAGAUCAACUCAUCAUACAAGGAACUCAGACUUUUACAAAGUUUAACAAAAACAAACUUAGUCACUCAAUAUCAAGACUCUGUGGGAAAUAAAAAUAGUCAAGGGUUUCCAUUAACAACAGAAAAGAAAGAAGAAAUUUGUGCUGAGACACUCUUGAAAACAGCAAGAGUAGAAGCCACUCUUUCAGAGAGAGAAAUAGGAGAUUCAUGUGACAAAGAUUUACCUCUGAAAUUUUGUGAGUUCCCACAGAAGACUAUAAUGCCUGGAUUUAAAACAACUGUAUAUGUUUCUCAUAUAAAUGACCUUUCAGAUUUUUAUGUUCAACUAAUAGAAGAUGAAUCUGAAAUUAGUCGUCUUUCAGAGAGAUUAAACAGUGUUAAAACAGUGCCCGAAUAUUAUGCAGGUCCACCUUUGCAAAGAGGAGAUGUGAUAUGUGCUGUUUUCCCAGAAGACAAUUUAUGGUAUCGUGCUGUGGUCAAGGAGCAGCAACCCAAUGACCUUCUCUCUGUGCAGUUUAUAGAUUAUGGCAAUGUUUCUGUGGUUCAUACUAACAAAAUAGGUAGGCUUGACCUUGUUAAUGCAGUAUUGCCAGGAUUGUGCAUUCAUUGCUCCUUGCAGGGAUUUGGGGUUCCUGACAAUAAAAACUCUAAGAAAAUGAUGCAUUACUUUUCCCAACGGACCAGCGAGACUGCAAUAAGAUGUGAAUUUGUAACAUUUCGAGACAGAUGGGAAGUUAUUCUUGCUGAUGAACAUGGGAUCAUAGCAGAUGACAUGAUUAGCAGGUAUGCUGUCAGUGAAAAAUCUCAAAUAGAACUUUCUACCCAAGUAAUUAAAGGUGCCGGUUCAAACUCUGCUAACAAAUCAGACGUUGACACUUCAGUAUUUCUUAACUGGUAUAAUCCAGAAAAAAAAAUGGUAAGAGCUUAUGCCACUGUGAUAGAUGGACCCGAGUACUUUUGGUGUCAGUUUGCUGAUACAGAGAAACUUCAGUAUUUAGAAGUAGAAGUACAGACUGCUGGAGAACAGGUAGUAGACAGGAGAAAUUGUAUCCCAUGUCCUUAUAUUGGAGAUCCUUGUAUAGUAAGAUACAGAGAAGAUGGACAUUAUUAUAGAGCACUUAUCACUAAUAUUUGUGAAGAUUAUCUUGUAUCUGUCAGGCUUGUGGACUUUGGAAACGUUGAAGACUGUGUGGACCCAAAAGCACUCUGGGCCAUUCCUUCUGAACUUUUGUCGGUUCCCAUGCAAGCCUUUCCAUGUUGCCUCUCGGGAUUUAACAUUUCAGAAGGAGUAUGUUCUCAAGAGGGAAAUGACUAUUUCUAUGAAAUAGUAACAGAAGAUGUGUUGGAAAUAACAAUAUUAGAAAUCAGAAGGGAUGUUUGUGAUAUCCCUUUAGCAAUUGUCGACUUGAAAAGCAAAGGUAAAAGUAUUAAUGAGAAAAUGGAGAAAUAUUCUAAGAUUGGUAUUACUGAAAGUGCUCUUCCCUAUGAAAAUACGGACUCGGAGAUAAAGCAGGCUCUUGGGUCCUGCAAUCUUGAUGUAGGACUUAAGAAAUUAAGUAAUAAAGCUGUCCAAAAUAAAAUAUAUAUGGAACAGGCAGAUGAGCUUGCUGAAAGAACUGAAAAAGAUGUAAACAAUAUCGGAACCAAACCAAGUAACUUCCGUGACCCUAAAACUGAUAACAUUUGUGAAGGUUUUGAAAACCCCUGCAAAGAUAAAAUUGAUACUGAGGAACUGGAAGGUGAAGUAGAGUGUCAUCUGGUUGACAAAGCAGAGUUUGAUGAUAAAUACCUAAUUACAGGAUUUAACACAUUACUACCACAUGGUGAUGAAACAAAGGAGAUACUAGAACUGAAUUCACUUGAGGUGCCACUUUCUCCUGAUGAUGAAUCAAAAGAAUUCUUAGAGCUGGAAUCUAUUGAGUUACAGAAUUCUCUGGUGGUGGAUGAAGAAAAAGAGGAGCUAAGCCUGGUGCCACCAAGUAUGCCACUCUCCCAAGAGUGUGUCACAAAAGGCGCCCUGGAGCUAUUUACAGGGCAGAUUCCUCUCACCUGUGAAGCUGAGAAACAACCAGAACUAGAGCUACCUACAGCCCAGCUGCCUUUAGAUGACAAGAUGGAUCCUUUGUCUUUAGGAGUUAGUCAGAAAGCACAAGAGUGCAUGUGUACUGAGGACGUGAGAAAGUCAAGUUGUGUAGAAUCUUUUGAUGACCAGCACAGGAUGUCAUUGCAUCUACAUGGAGCAGAUUGUGAUCCUAAAACACAGAUUGAAAUGAAUAUAUAUGAAGAAGAAUUUAUAGAGUAUAAAAACAGGGAUGACAUUUCAGCAUUGAUGCCUUUGUUCCCUGAGGAAGAAAGCAGUGAUGGAAGCAAGCACAAUAAUGGUUUACCAGAUCAUGUCUCAGCUCAACCACAGAACACCUACACUCUGAAAGCCUUUACUGUUGGAUCUAAAUGUGUUGUGUGGUCAAGUCUAAGAAACACAUGGUCUAAAUGUGAGAUUUUAGAAACAGCUGAAGAAGGAACAAGGGUUUUGAACCUUUCAAAUGGUAUGGAGGAGAUAGUGAACCCUGAGAAUGUCUGGAAUGGCAUACCCAAAUCGGAUAAGCGUCCACCUGAGAAAAGGGGUUUGGAGGUGAUGGAGAUUUAAUUGUGGAUCUAUAGCUGUGGCCAAUCAGUCAGAAGCUGCCCUCGAACAAGUGGCAUCAUACCCAGACCGACAGAAUAUUUGAGAAAAUUGAAAACAUGUAACCACAGGAAGUUGUUAUUUUCAAAAACUUUUAUAUGGGUGGAAAACAAAAUAGGUCUCAGGUUGACAGUGGAGUGUAUUUAUAGUGAUACUGUUGUAUAUACGGAUCUGGGAUCUUUCCUUUUUAUUGUCUUAUGUUUCUAAUUAGUUGGAAGGAUUUAUUUUGCUAAACAGUUCACUAACACAUUACAUUUCAAAGAACUAUUUUGGUACCUUUCAAAUACAGUGUUUACAUUAAAAUAGAAAAAUAAAGCCUCAUCACAAGUACAUUAUUUGAUUCUACUUAGGAUAGCUUUUUAGCAGGAUCUCCUACAGAAUUUUUGUCUUGAUUUUGAAUCUUUGCCUGUUUGUCUAAACAUUUGACUAACAUUCUGUUUGAAUUUGGAAGUAUUCUAAUACAAGAUUUGAAUAAAGUUUAUCCUUAAAUAAAGUUUAUCCUUA